GCGCGGAAUGUCCCUUGUUGCCAGCCGUAGUUUACGUCAUCAAAACAAGCCGACCUGAGCAGCAUGUAGGAUCCGCUCUGGAGCAUUUUUGACCUUCUGAAUUUAUUCCUUUUAAGUCGUUUCGGGUUGGACCCAGAUUUUCAGUAUGUCGGUGAAGCAUGCAUCAGUCCAUGCCAAAUGGAUCAUUGGCAGAGUAAUAGGGACAAAGAUGUACAAAACUGCCAAAGUGAGGGUCACAAGGCUGGUGCUGGACCCUUACCUGCUGAAGUACUACAACAAGAGGAAAACAUACUUUGCCCAUGAUGCUUUGCGACAGUGCACUGAGGGAGACAUCGUUCUUCUCAAGGCUCUGCCAGAGGCCAGGUCCAAACAUGUGAAGCAUGAACUUGCUGAGAUAGUGUACAAAGUAGGUCGGGUAGUUGACCCACUGACAGGAAUGAGCGUUGAAGGAACACAGUUUGUUGAGACUCCGACUGACCUGCCACUUAUCCUGGGAGAGGACCAGACGUUAUCAGAAAAACUGCAGGAGCUGAACAUCUCUACCGCCCCCAGUGGAGCUGAUUCCCCUCCUGCACAAAAUCCUACUUCAUGAUGAAAAACUGCCUUAUAUUUAUGAAGUAAUGUUAGUUUAAAUGUCCCUCUGCAAUUACAAUUAUGUUUCAGGUGUCCAUUGUAAAUAUAAAUGUAUAAACCAGUCAUCAAUAUAAAUAUCUCAAUUAAUGUGGAAAAUGCAUUUUCUUUGUUACCGGAGUUUAAUUUAAAAAACAUUUCUGAGGAGUUAACAAUAAAACAACAAUGAGAAUG